AUGGACAACGGUAAGACAACCAUACGCGGACAACGGCUGGAGGACGAGAGGCGGGUGGCGGAGGAGCCAGGGUCGUCCUCGGCUGCAGAGGCGCCGGCUCCGAGGGAGGAGGAGCCGCCGGCCGACUUCAUCUGCCCGAUCACGACCGAGCUCAUGAGUGAGCCGGUGAUGGCGGCGGACGGGCAUUCGUACGAGCGGUCGGCGAUCGAGCGCUGGCUCGCGACCAAGUCGACGAGCCCGAUGACGGGCGAGGCGCUCGUGCACAGCUUCCUCGCCCCCAACCACACGCUGCGCCGGCAGAUCCGUGAGUGGCAGCAGGCGCGGGCUUGA